CAGGGGAGGGCCAAGUUUCACUCUGCAUUGCAGCCCGAGCGCUGGCUGCUGCUGGGAACACAACAAUGGCGACUCCCAGUCCGAAUAGCAACUCCACGGGCUCCAGCAACUUUCUGGGGGCCACGUCGCACCACCUUCACCAACAGACUCAGAGCAGCAGCAUGCAAGAAACCAACACCUGCCGGAGAUGUCAAAAUGAAGCAGGGUUUCAAAUAAGCCUGUCUGGAGUUCCUACAAGUAAACGUAAAGCUCUGAAGUUGAAUUUCGCCAACCCUCUGGUGAAACCGGCCUCCAGGCUCCCGCUUCAUCCCUCGGCUCCUUCCUUCCAGAAUCCCCACAUAGAGCGUCUGCGGACACACAGCAUCGAGUCCUCCGGAAAGCUGAAGAUCUCCCCAGAGCAGCACUGCGACUUCACCGCAGAAGACCUGCGGGACCUUGGGGAGAUCGGCCGCGGGGCCUACGGCUCCGUCAACAAGAUGGUCCAUAAACCUACAGGCCAGAUUAUGGCAGUCAAGAGGAUUCGCUCCACUGUGGAUGAGAAGGAGCAGAAGCAGCUGCUGAUGGAUCUGGACGUGGUGAUGAGGAGUAGCGACUGUCCCUACAUCGUCCAGUUCUAUGGCGCCCUCUUCAGAGAGGGGGACUGUUGGAUCUGUAUGGAGCUAAUGUCUACCUCAUUAGACAAAUUCUACAAAUAUGUAUAUUGCGUAUUAGAUGAUGUCAUUCCAGAGGAAAUAUUAGGCAAUAUAACAUUAGCUACGGUUAAAGCACUGAAUCACUUAAAGGAAAACUUGAAAAUAAUUCACAGAGACAUCAAACCUUCCAACAUUCUGAUGGACAGAAGGGGAAACAUCAAACUAUGUGACUUCGGCAUCAGCGGCCAGCUGGUGGAUUCCAUAGCCAAGACUAGAGACGCAGGCUGCAGGCCUUACAUGGCACCUGAAAGGAUAGACCCCAGUGCUUCCAGGCAGGGAUACGACGUUCGCUCUGACGUUUGGAGCUUGGGAAUCACCCUGUAUGAGCUAGCUACAGGAAGAUUUCCUUACCCCAAGUGGAACAGUGUUUUUGAUCAGCUGACACAGGUGGUGAAAGGAGAGCCUCCACAGCUCAGCAACUCGGAGGAGAGGCAGUUCUCCCCAAAGUUCAUCAACUUUGUUAACCUAUGCCUUACAAAAGAUGAAUCAAAGAGGCCAAAGUACAGAGAGCUUCUGAAACACCCGUUUAUCCUGAUGUACGAGGAGCGCUUCGUGGAUGUUGCCAGCUACGUGUGUCGCAUCCUGGAUCAGAUCCCGGCUUCGCCCAUCUCUCCUAUGUACGUUGACUGAUGCCAAGAAGGGUCUGCCAGUGUUGGCCCCCUUAACGGGCAGCGGGUGGUACACUAAGCUUUGUGAUGCAACGUUUGUCAUCUUAGCCUUCAGUUACGUAGGAUCACCUGUUUGUCCACAUAUUCCCAAAGAAGAGAGGAAUUAAAUCCAAACUUCCCAGAGCAAAGAGAUGAACAUCAAAAGAGAAAACUUCCAGACUUAUUUUAAGAUCCCAAAAUAUAUCAUCUUAAAGCAGAAAAACUUGAAGCGGUAACUUUGUCUUAGUAAAGCGCAAUGCAUCUUUUUAUGUGACACAAAGAAUAGAGUAUACAUACAUACAUGGAAUAUAUAUAAAUAUAUAUAAAUAUAUAUAUAUACUUGAACUUGUUCACAAAAGUCUACCAAAUGAAAUUAUGUGGAGUUUAUGAUGUAUGACAAUAGAACCUAAUGGGUUGUAUAUUGUAUGCAUAUUUGUCUUUGCCUCUAAAAUGAUGACUUGUUUAGAUUAUUGCUGAUAGACCUACUGUCUAAAAUCAUUUACACUUUCACACGGGUUGCUGUGAGCGCCUUCACACGCAGUAAAUGAAUGGGUAUGCAAUUUCUUUUUCAGAAAGCUUCUGGUAGCCUGGCUUAACUGUUU